GCCCUGACAGAGCGGCGGAGGCUGACUGACACCGAGGCUGGAAAACAUGUCGACUCUCCGGGCUGAGCCGAGCGGACGCGACGGUCGCAGACACGCAGCACUGAGCCAUGACACCACCGCGCCGCGUUGUUGACGUCCCUCCGAGCGAGUGAGUGAUGCUCUCGAGAAAGAAAAGCAAAAACGAAGCGUCCAAACCGGCCGAGGUCCACGGGAAGUAUGUGAAGAAGGAAACGUCGCCGCUGCUCAGAAAUCUGAUGCCCUCGUUCAUCCGCCAUGGACCCACUAUUCCCAGACGCACAGAGGUCCCUCUGCCAGAGAUGGGGCCCUCAUCCUACCCUCCUCCCAGCCGGGAGCCCGUGGUGUCCCGCAACAAGAGUUUCCUCCGCACCCCCGUGCAGAGGCCUGCACAUGAGGUGGCCCGCAGGGAGAGCCACCGCAUGUCGGCACCCCCAUACCUGCCUCGCAGUCUGGGGGACCUCCCCCACGAGUACGGAGGCUCCUCACAGUCUUUCCUCACAGACGUGAGCCCCAUGUCUGAGAAUGGAGACGCUGGCCGCUAUUAUUACCCCUCUGAACCUUACUAUGACAGCCAGCAGCAUCAACAACCGCAACAGCAGCAGCAGCAGCAGCAGCAGCACCCGCAGCAGCAGCAGCGUCAGCCCAUGAUGGUCCCAGAUCGCUUUCCUGAGGACUAUAGAUACUAUGAGCACAAUGAACACAACUUCCAAAGAGUUCCCCGACAGCACACUCCCCCAGCUCCCAGCAGACCCCCUUCAGGCAUAGGUCGAAUACAGGCCAAAUCCCUGGGGAACCUCUCCAAUCUGACGGGAGAGGACCUCCCACUUCCGCCCGGCUGGACCGUCGACUGGACCAUCCGUGGCAGGAAGUACUACAUCGACCACAACACCAACACUACACACUGGAGCCACCCUCUGGAGCGGGAGGGGCUCCCUCCAGGCUGGGAGAAGGUGGAGUCGGCCGAGUUCGGGGUCUACUACGUGGAUCACAUCAACAAGAGGGCACAGUAUCGCCACCCCUGUGCUCCGAGCGUCCCUCGUUAUGAUCAACCCCCACCACUACCACCUCCUGUGACCUAUCAGCCACGUCCCAUAGAUAGGAACCAGCCGGUGCUGGUGCCAGCUAACCCGUACCACACCGCCGAGAUUCCAGACUGGCUGCAGGUGUACGCCCGUGCACCACUAAAGUACGACCACAUCUUGAAGUGGGAGUUGUUCCAGCUGGCCGACCUGGACACGUAUCAGGGCAUGUUGAAGCUGCUCUUCAUGAAGGAGCUGGAGCACAUCGUCAAAUCCUACGAGGCGUACCGACAGGCGCUGCUGUCCGAGGUGGAGGCCCGCAAGCAGCGGCAGCAGUGGUACGCCCAGCAGCCCAACAAGAACUUCAUGGGGAACAUGUGAUGUGUAUGUGCACUCAGGAUGCCGCACCGCGACACGCCCCUCCUGUGGUCACCACAGUUUGGGAGCGGUCAGGGUUUCUCUUUGAAAUCGUGAUUGACUCUUAAUUGCCUCUUUACCAAACACAUCUGUGCCUUCGCUUGAUCCAAAUAUAUCAGCCAGGAAGUUGAGACGCACGACAGGAUUGGGACAGGAUUCGUGAAUGAUCCUGGGAUUGAAAAACACUCCGAUGAAGAAGAAGAUGAAAAAAAAGACGUGUAAAUGUGCUUCAUCUGGGGAGACGGCCUGCGGAGCCGUUCACAGCCACUGCCCCGAGAACCGAGUUGCUGUUUGGAUUUGAGUUUUAAAGACUGAGGAGAACAGAGACUGAAAAACCCGUUGUUGAAAAACACCCAGAGAUUGUGCCUUCUUUUCUUUUUUCUUUUUCUACGAAUAAAUCGCAGCAUUUUUACAAUGUCUGCUCGUAUCGUGUAUCCACCAGCUCCCACGUCAUUUUUUCCUCUGGGAGAAAACGACCGGCAGCUUCUUCUAAUUUGUUCCCAUACGAAAUACUUCAUGCCUAUUUUUCCUUUUGCUUUGUUACCCUCAUAAAAACUGAAGCCACAGUCUUUUUUACACUACACAAAAAAGUGUGCAUUUUUUUUUCUUAUUUUAUGACAAACUGUAUGCUUUACGAGACAAUCCACCAAAACUCUGAACAGAUAUUUAAGGUUUGAUAUGAAACGCGUCUUUGCUUAAAGACCUUUUGACGGACGGCGCAUCACACCGGAUGCAGUGGUUGGAGCUUCUCUAGGCUCUUUGGCAUUACUGUAAGUCAGGAAUAUACUUGUGUUUGUGUACAAUGAAACUUAAAUAAGCUACUGGAACGUUUUUAAAACACUACAGAAGACUCAAAGUUUGCUAAACAAGUGCAAUUCAAUUUCUCUCUAUAUAUUUCCCACUUCGGUGAUGCCUUAUAUUUCACGGACUGACACGUCUCUUGUGAAGCGCAGGUUCUUGGAAGAUUAUUCUAUUGGUUAACAAAGAUAUUCAGAAGUGUCCUUAAAUCUGAGGUCUUGUCUAGAGAAGACAGGAUCCAGGGUUUAACUAUGUGUUAAAAAGUUUACGACUCUAACUUAUAAAUCGGGGUUUGGUUCUAUUUUGAAUAUUAAGUAGUUUAAAGUACAUUUGUAUGAGAAUAUCUGCAAUACACUUCUGAAUUUCCUAAAAAAUACAUGUUACAGUUACAGUAGAAUAAGUUUAUAAAGAACCUUUUGGCUUCUCUAAAACGAAAAGUCUCGAUCACAUCUUUUUCAGAAUGGUGUCAACAGCAGUUUGUACAUAUCUCAUGUUGUUACCAAUACAAGACAAAAGCAAUAAAGUCUGCAGUGAAGAAAAACACA